AUGAACGGGAACACGCACAGCGACACCGCGGUGCGGUCUGUGGAUCGGACACCCGCCCCGGAUGCCAAUGGGAACGGCGGGCCGCACGCCCAUCCGAACGGCCAUGCCCAAGACGGCGGGACAACUACUCCCCACGACCACUCGGGCUUCCCCAAGUUGGGGGACAUCCCCCACAUCACGCUGAACAUCAUCCCUCUCAGCAACAUCCUCAAGUUCUACGCCCAGGAGUCCUACAAGCAACUCACGACCGUGAUUGAGAACUUGUCUGCCAACAGCCCUCAGCAGCAGCACCACCACCACCACCACCACGGCUCUGGGACUGAGGUGACGGACUCACAGAGGAAGGCACCGUUCCUCCAGACGAUUGUGGCGCUCCGCCAGGACUUCCUCAAGAUCUACACGCUCGUCAAGUGGGCGACAAACGCCAAGGACGUGUCGAAGUUGAUCGACUUGUUGAAUUGGUUCCGCAUCCAAGACCUGUACUUUGAGAACUUGGCGUACGGGAUCAACGAGUUGAACGGGUUUGCCGGCGCCAAGUUGCCCAAUCCGGACUUGCUCACGUCGUUGGAGGUGUUGGUGCAGCAGCGCCCACAAUUGCCGAGCUACGGCAUGGUCAAACAAAAGCGUAUCUCCAGUGAGAAGUGUUUGGCGGUGCUCCAGGACUUGAACUUGGUGUUGGCCGCGCGCAUGGCAUUACUGGAGGGGAUUCCGCAGCGCAUGUUGGAGGGCUAUGAGGUGAGAGACGGACGGAUCUAUUUUGCCGUUGCCGGUGAGUUUAGGGUCAGUGUCAGUGUCGCAGACGACCAGAUCGUCGACCCAGAGUUCUCGUCAGAGACCGAGAAUAAUACUGAAGCUGGUGGGGUCGAGCGAGAGAGUGCGGGUGGUCAGGAAAGCCCUACGGGGUCUGUAGGCCGCUCCGCUGGCACUCCGUGGGCCACUGGCCGUGGGGGCCCUGUUCCUCUGACGAGGAAUGCUGAGGGCGGCGCGGGCGCAGAUAAUGGCGCAGGUGUUGCUGGUGGUGGGGAUUCAGAGACAGCAGUAGCUGCUCUGGGCUACUCUAGCUCACCAUUCUACUUUAUUGAUUUCGACUUUCUCUUUUCGAUCAACCCAGAAACAAUGCUCAUCUCCACAGGACCAACAGAUCCUGAGGAAUCGUCGCUUGCCUCCGCUUCAAGCUACUCGACAAAACUCCCACAAUCGUCUUUCCUCCAUCUUGAAAAGCUUGCCAAUCAGACUCUUCUAACCUCGGGACUCUCCGGGCUCUAUACUCUCCUCCAUCGGUACUCCAUCUCGUUUAAACUAUAUCUCAUAUCGAGACAACUUCGGGAACUAACAACGAAUUCCAAGUGGCGGAACAACAUCCAGUACCAGUACCAGAACGGGAAGUCGCUCAUCCUUAUUAAUUAUUGGUCCAGCCAUUACUUGAGUCGUGGGUGGCGGUCGUUCAUCGAGUUGGGCGUCGAUCGUGAGUAUAACUUGAACUUUAGGUGGUUUAAAAAUGGGAGGUAUGCGUUGCCUGGGCAUGGCCAUGGCCAUGGCCAUGGACAGGCUAAUGGUCAUGCUAAUGGACAUGCCAAUGGACAUGCUAAUGGUGCUAAUGGACAUGCCAAUGGCCCCUCUAGCGGAAAUAAUGGCUCCAGCCAAUCCAACCUUGAAGGUCAUGGACUCGGCAAUGGUCUCGGGCUCGGGCUUGGGCUUGGACUUGGGCUUGAUUCCCAAGAUCAUGGCUUACGUCCCGGUCAAGACUUCUCCAUCGAACACGUUCUCAACGUCAUCGCCAAUAAACAUUCCGAAACGCUCAUGAACAAACUUUACACCAAACUUUCUCAAGAAUUAACCUCCCCAGAGGACUGUUCAUUGCUCUCCUCGCAUCAACUUCUCUUGAAGUUGACCCCCACGAAGUCUACCGUCUUUGCGAUAAACCCCCUCACCGGGUUCUUCUAUUUCAUUGACCCUUCGCCCAUCCAACAACAAAUCACCCGUAGCAUCAACCUGGCGCCAAGAAGUGCCUCGAACGCCAACUCGACGAGUUCAAGCUUCACUAGUGAAAGGGAAAUGAUCUCCUCCAUCAUCUCCCACCUUGUCCAACUCCGAUUGGAAACUUACAAACGAGAAAUCAACACCAAGUUGAUCACCACCGAAUGGAUCCCCAACGAUAUUAUUGCCCUCAAUGAAUACGAAAUGGUGCGAUUGCACCAUUUCUUGCAAGAACAGGACAUUCGUAGUCUGAAGACCCAAUUCUAUAGAAGAAAGAACUGGCCUUCAAGUUGGUUCUUAUUGAGUAUGAUGAGUGGGGUUGGGUUCAAAUGUCAUUGGUGGGUCGCCAGAAUUAAAAUGGUCAAGGGGGAAUGGAAAAUCCAAUGGGUUGAGAAGUUGAAGGAACAAAAGAGGGAUACCACCGCCAAUGGUUCUUCUUCUUCUUCGGUUUCCGCUUCUUCCGCAUCCACUGAUGUGGUUUCUGCCCCCACCUACUCCUUCUGUUCAUCUCUCUCGACUCUCUGCUCCAACUUGAUUGUAGAUCACAUCAUUCUUGAAGAGUUGGACGGUCGCAACAUCAAAUAUCUUCGCAUCCCCGAGGAGAAAAGAGACAAAUUGUCCCUCAAGGAAAAAUUUGACAUUUCUGAACCAACAACAUCGGAAACCACCGAUCAGGAUAUUCUGUACGAGACUAUCAUUGGUUUGUUCAACCGGGACUUGAUCCCAUUGAAGAAUUCAUCCACGGUGAUAUUUAUGCGCGUUCAAUUGGCCCAGGCCGAGACCUCCAGCAGCAGUAGUAGUAGCAGCUCCAGCAGCAGCUCUGUCAUGAAAUUGACCCUUUUCGGUAAACUUCUGAAUUUAAACUUUGUCCAUCAGGAUGAGAACUUGAAAGUUGAUAAGGAUUCGUUUGAAGUGCAACAAGAAAUUGUUAUGAACAAUUCAAUUGAUGGGAAAACAUUUGAUGGAGUAUCGGGAUCAGGAUCUUCUAGAUCUGCUGAUUCUACUGCAUCUACUGACUCUAAUGGCUCUGUCACUUCCACUGAAGGGAAUCUACUUUCCCUGCUCUUUGCCUCGUUGGCCAAACUCUCGAAACUCAUUGUGGUGAUGAACCAAUUGAAAGAAUUCACCACGGUGGAAAGAGUCACCAUCAAGGCGUUGGACCGUGUAGAGUUCUCCAUAGAUGCAGAGUUGGGAGAUCUUGUUCUCCAAGUGUCCAACGAUGGAACCAUCAGCUUGACGUCCACUUCAACCAACAAGCUUGUACAAAUCUUGAUGAAGUAUGUCAACCGAUACUUGGCCUCGCCGGACGCCUCGGAAGAAACCAUCACUGGGGUGCUCAAGUACAUCAAGGAGAUCAUGCCUCCGCUCCGAUACAUCACCACCAUCAAGGACGAGUUCAACACAGAACAGGCCACCAGGGGAAAGCUUGCCAAUGGCAUGUCCAAGGUGUUGAUGGACGUUUCGUACAAAAACUUUGACACUUUGCAACUUCUCUUCAGCAUCCAAAGUUUCCCCAAUGGCUCGAAAAAGAUGAACAAGGACCGCAUUGCCAUCAACGUGGGCAUGCGAACAAACAAAUUCAUCAAGGGGGGUAAGGAGUUGCUCUACCUCAUCUCCUACAAAAACAACUUCAACUCCAACAACAUCAAAUACAAGAAGCUCUUUGAGACGUUGUUUCUGAGCAUAGGCGAGUUGAGCGAUGAGUCGCUCAUCAAGUUGAACCACGACAUCCUCUUAACCAACUCUCGGUACUUGGACACGGUGUUACGAACAAUCUCUGGUUGUUUUUCAAAAGUUUUGAAUGAAUAG